AUUUUUCAGAUUCCAACCAACUAGCAAGUUUUUCUAUAGUUAGAACAAAUUGGCCUCAGCGAUAACCUUCUCAACACGUAUUUUGUGGAAAACUGCCAGGUUGUGUCUUUCCAGACACUAUAUCUUCAGUACUUCAAGAAGCACCAGUGUAAGUGUCUUGAACAACAACUGAUGUUGCAGAAGUAUUUUGUGGAAGAAUACCAAGUUGUGUCUUGCCAGAGACUAUAUCUUCAGUACUUCAAGGAAGGCAACAGCUGUUCUUCGUGUGAAUUUUUAACUAGCUAUUACUAAUUAAACAAUUUUGCUUUUGAUAUUGGGAAUUCUAUCUAAAAAUGCAUGGCAGUUAAUUCUUUGAGGGUUCGUUUUGUAGUUCUAUGAUUUUUAAGCUGUAGUACUACAUCAUGAGCUCAGCUUACUCAGAUAAGCUGUGAGCAGUAAAUUUGGGCCUAAAUAUGAGAGAAUGCAUCGAUGUGGUAAGUGUGCACCAUAUAAAAGAAAUCCUACAGCAGGCAGUGCAUGAGGAAAAAACAAAGUGCAACUGUGUUUUUGGAUUAAGACAGCAAAUUUUUGGUGUAUUUUCAUGUUUUUAUAGUAGCAUUCACUGUUUCUUGAUCAAUUUUAUAGAAUAGAAGAUGUAUUACAGAAACGACUUUGAUGGAUUUUAGUACUGAAAAUAGCUUGAAAUUGAGUUCAGAGUAAUAGAAAUAUUUUAUUUUUGCUGAUAUUAGAGGGUAAAUAAUCACAUCAUUCGUCCAGUGCACGUCAGCUGGUGGGUUUAGUGUGUGCUGCUGAAUGCACUGAUAUUAUUUAUACAAUUAUUACAAUAUUGCAUAGCAAUAACUUUUCUAUUUUUCGGUGUGCAUAAAAAUAAUUUGUGAAUAAAAAUCAAAAUGAAAUGCAUCUGCAAAGCCUGCAAAUGUAACUAAAAAAUAGUAGAAAUGUUAGUUUAGUGCCAGGUUGCCUGCAUUGAUUUUUCUGGACCAUAUUUUGAUAUUGGAAUAUUUUGAAUUUUGUGUGAAAUUGGCCAUAUUUCCAAUAUCCAGUCACUUUAUUAAGAAGUUGAAAUAGUUAAAUUGGUCAAUUUUAUGUGCUUAGUAGACAAUAUGGAACAUAUACUAGUGAAAUAGCUAAGAAUUUAGUCUAAUGGAACUAUGUAAUUGGCCAAAAACAGGACUCAAAGUGGGCAAAAUUGCCAGUGCAUAAAUAUUUCUGACACGGCAAAAUUUGCAGGAGUAUAACUUCAUCAUUUCUUUAUAAAAUUAUGUACUCUUUAUUUUAAAACAUUCAGAAAAAGAUUCUCUAUGAUUUCCUAAGAAAAAAAUAAUAUUUUUUAGACCCUGUGGAGAAUUUUCAGAUUGGGGGUCUGAUCCCUCAAAGGGUCAAUAAAAGAAGAUAGAAAAAUUUGUUUAAACACAAGAGCAAAUAAUAAUAAUAAUGUUGAGUGUAUCUGCAGUGUUCUAGUACAUAUAUUAAUGUUUUAACACAACAAAAAUUAUGAUAGUGUUUUAACAAACAAUAUGAACUUUAUUAGUGCUCAUUAGUAGGAAAAGUUUUGCCUAAGUAAAUCUUAACAUGGGAAUAUGUUCAUAAGGAAAACCAUGUGCUCAGUGUCCAAAAUAGUUAAAAAAAUCAUGCAAUAGACAUGUGAGUACAUAAGGAAGAUUAGCUUUACAACUGUUGUAUGACUAAAAUAUUUUAAAUGAAAUACUUUCAUUUAAAAAAUAUGGAAAAACAUAAAGAACACAAACCAUAUGAAUGUUCAGAGUGUCUGAAAUGUUUUAGUGGAAAAAGCCAACUUGUGGUACACAUGAGAGUACAUACUGGAGAUAAACCAUUUCAAUGUGCAGAGUGUUUGAAAUGUUUUAGUAUAAAAAGUAAUCUUGUGAAACACAUGAGAAUACAUACAGGAGAUAAACCAUACCAAUGCACAGUGUGUUUGAAAUGUUUUACUAAAAAAUGCAAUCUUGUGACACACAUGGGAGUACAUGCAGGAGACAAAUUAUAUCAAUGUUCUGAGUGUCUGAAAUGUGUUAGCCGAAAAAGCUAUCUUGUGACACAUAUGAGACUACAUGCACGAGAUAAACCAUAUCAAUGUUCUGAGUGUCUGAAAUGUUAUAGUCUAAAAAGCAAUCUUGUGGCACAUAUGAAAGUACAUACAGGAUAUAAACCAUAUCAGUGUUCUGAGUGUCUGAAAUGUUUUAGUGUAAAAAGCAGUCUUGUGCCACACAUGAGAGUACAUACAGGAGAUAAACCAUAUCAAUGUUCUGAGUGUCUGAAAUGUUAUAGUCUAAAAAGCAAUCUUGUGGCACAUAUGAAAGUACAUUCAGGAGAUAAACCAUAUCAAUGUUCUGAGUGUCUGAAAUGUUUUAGUGUAAAAAGCAGUCUUGUGCCACACAUGAGAGUACAUACAGGAGAUAAACCAUAUCAGUGUUCUGAGUGUCUGAAAUGUUUUAGUGUAAAAAGCAGUCUUGUGCCACACAUGAGAGUACAUACUGGAGAUAAACCAUACCAAUGUUCUGAGUGUCUGAAAUGUUUUAAUAAAAAAAGCCAUCUUGUGAUACAUAUGAGAGUACAUACAGGAGAUAAACCAUACCAAUGUUCUGAGUGUCUGAAAUGUUUUAAUCAAAAAAGCCAUCUUGUGAUACAUAUGAGAGUACAUACAGGAGAUAAACCAUACCAAUGUUCUGAGUGUCUGAAAUGUUUUAAUCAAAAAAGCAGUCUUGUGAGACAUAUGAGAGUACAUACAGGAGAUAAACCAUACCAAUGUUCUGAGUGUCUGAAAUGUUUUAGUGUAAAAAGCCAAAUUGUGAAACAAAUGAGAGUGCAUACAGGAGAUAAACCAUAUCAAUGUUCUGAGUGUCUGAAAUCUUUUAAUAAAAAAUCAGACUUGUGAGACAUACAAGAGUACAUUCUAGAGAUAAAACAUGUUAGUGUUUAAUGUUUAAGAAAUAUUUUAGUUAUAAACUCAUCAGAAUAUAUAAAAGAGAUAUACCAUAACAGUUGAGAGUGAAAUAUGUUAAUGAAAUGUCAGUCAUAUAAAUCAUAUAAGUUCAUAGAGGAGAUAAGUUGUAUUAAUGUUCAGAAUAUCUUAUAUAUUUAAAAAAAGAAAGAACAGUCUUGUGUACUCAUGUGAGCAAAUAUACAGUAUAAACAAUACAUAUAUAUAUAGAAAAUACUGUAAGGUCAAGUCUGUAAUCUGUGUACUUCAGUAACCAAGAAUUCUGCAUUGAAAUAUUCAGUGAACAACAGUAGUGAAAUAUUCAGUGAACAACUGUAGUGAAAUGUUCAAUGAACAACAGUAGUGAAAUAUCCAGUGAACAACAGUAAUGAAAUGUUCAGUGAACAACAGUAGUGAAAUAUUCAGUGAGCAACAGUAGUGAAAUAUUCAGUGAACAA